AUGCAUCCUUCCACCGUCGCCGCCAUUCUGGCCUUUACUGCAGGCAUGCCUGCCAGUGCUGCACCCGCCAACCGCCAACCAAACCCUUACGCCGGACUAGGUCACAUAGCGGUCAUGCCUGAUUCCAAGGAGCAUGUCGAUCUCUUCAACAAGAUCUCUGGCCGUGCUAGCCGUGGUAGCCGUGUCGGCAAAGCCUUCUCGGGCGUUGGCGAUGCUGUAAGCGCGGUAUCCGAUUUCCUUACUAUCGGCCAGGCUGUCCAGGGGGCUCAGCAAAACGCAAAGAGGGACCCGCAACGAAGCUCCAAGCAGUGUGCCAACUUUGUCAACCGGGAACAGUGCGAAGAGGCGUUUCGCCCUCAACUGGCCAUUCCCUACCCGGAGAUGCAGCUUGGUUCGAAAAAGGUAGCCCGCGGUAAUCGCUUGGCCGAUGCUGCUGGACAAAUCGCCCAGGGCGUCAGGCCGGUUGACGAUCUCGUCAACAACCAACACAAGAGGGAGGCUAAAGGGGGCAGCAUUGGUAACGGUUGCCUUACUACCCCAUGUGCAGACAUCCUGCCAACCACACCAUUCAGGGGAGUUCAGAAGCAAGAGGAGGAGACCCAGUCAAGUGAGAAGCGGGACGCGCAGAGGAGUAAAGGAAGGAUCAUCAGCAACAUUGUUAAGGGUGUAGGAGGCGCUCUCGGUGGUGCAGCUGAUACGGCCACCGUCGUCGGAGCGGUCCAGGGCCAACAAAAGAGGGAUGCUCAGAAGAGUAAGGGCGAGGUCUUCUGGACCGCUCCGCCGGCACAGAGCGGCGGAGACAUUCCGCUGCCAGAAAAGAGGGAGGGCCAACGAAAUUGGUGGAAAGAUACACCGAUGCGCGAGGCACAAAGGAGCAAAGGCAAGGUUAUCGGCAACAUUGUCAAGGGUGUAGGCGGCGCUCUCGGUGGAGCAGCUGAUACCGCCACCAUCGUCGGAGCGGUCCAGGGUCAGCCAGCACAGAAGAGGGAAGCCCAGAAGAAAAUCAUUGGGGGAGAAGACGAGAUCCGAUGCAUGGGUUUUCCCGGCUGUUACGAUACCGCGUCUGGUCUUGGGAAGCGCGAGGCACAGAAGAGUAAGGGCAAGAUUAUCGGAAACAUUGUUAAGGGUGUAGGCGGCGUCAUUGGGGGUGCGGCUGAUACUGCCACCAUCGUCGGAGCGGUCAACGGCCAAGGCCAGCCAGCACAGAAGAGGGAAGCCCAGAAGAACCCCAUUGGAGGAAAGUCCGGUGGCCACUGCCAAGCUAUGACUGGCUGUGGAAGGAGGGAUGACAUUAUUAUUCUUGGGCGCGAGGCACAGAGGAGCAAGGGUAACAUUAUCGGAAACAUUGUUAAAGGUGUAGGCGGCGUCAUUGGUGGUGCAGCUGAUACUGCCACCAUCGUCGGAGCGGUCAACGGCCAAGGCCAGCCAGCACAGUAG